UUGUACAGUGGAUUCCGUUGUUUUGGUGAGAUAGGGGUGUCAUUGAAGCAAUCGACUAUUUGCUACAACCUCGAACCUUCUCUGGCUGAUUAGGUUGCUCAUUAGUUACAGAUUUUUUUGAUCGAGUCGCUGAGAAAAGGCGACUUGAUCUAGCCUACGCAAACCCCUUAGUAAAAUUAGGUUGAAAGGGAUGCCGCUGCAGACCGAACCCGACGGACGCAAACAAUCUUUGGAUUUAAUCUCGUCGCAUUUAAUCGGAAAGAGCAGCUUUUCUAUAAAAGUAAACAGCCUCAGAAUAAGUCAUCCUCGACCGAGUGUCUUUGAAGAAUGUUUAAUCUCAAGUGUGAACUAAUAGGUCAUCUGUAAAGGCUAGAGAGGAUAAUAUAACUUAGCAAGCUAACAGCUAACAGUAGCUGGUCAACAACAAAGCGGGGAUCGUUAAUCUUUGCGUCAUCAAGUAACGAAUCUGCUCGUGAAGCAAGUUCUCAGUCAACGGCUGAAUUUUGAACGCGAUUUCCGCCUGUGCUGAGAUUAAUAUUUGGCAGCAAUGAAACUGUUGGAGAACUCCAGCUUUGAAGCCCUCAGCUCUCAGCUGUGUGUUGAAACAGGGGAGUCUCGCAUCCUUGGAAGGAUUGAGAGCUACUCCUGUAAGAUGGCAGGAGAUGAUAAACAUAUGUUUAAGCAGUUCUGCCAGGAGGGGGAGCCACACGUCCUGGAGGCCCUCUCUCCCCCUCAGUCCACCAGCGCCACCAGCCCCUCCCAGCUGGGGAAGAGCAGUGAGGACGGGGAGAACCCUCUGAGUGACAAGUGUUGCAGGAAGACUCUAUUCUACCUCAUCACCACACUCAAUGAGUCCUUCAGACCAGACUACGACUUCAGUGCCGCCCGGGCCCAUGAGUUCAGCAGGGAGCCGAGCCUCAACUGGGUGGCCAACGCAGUAAACAGCAGCUUGUUCUCAGCUGUGGGAGAGGAGUUCAACUCCCUGGGGCCUGAGCUGUGGAACGCCAUAGACCAAGAGAUCAACCUGCAGAGCUGUGACAUUUACAGCUACAACCCUGACCUGGACUCAGACCCCUUCGGUGAGGAGGGAAGUCUCUGGUCCUUCAACUAUUUCUUCUACAACAAGAAACUGAAGAGGAUUGUGUUCUUCACAUGUCGCUCUGUCAGUGUCCUGAGUGGCUAUGGCCGUGGUUGUCUUGAUAAUGAGCUAGACAUGGAGCUGGAUGAUGAAGAGGAAAUGGAUGGUUUCACUGAGGACAGGUUCCCCAGAGCUCUGUGUGUGUGAAUCUUCCCAGAAGACACUCCUUGGCCAAAGAAUAUCUAGGCUUUCACAUCCCCUUCUCAUCCUAUUUUUUUUCUUCCGUCAACUCUUGUUUUUUAUUAUUUGUUUUUUGCUGCCUCAUCCAAAGCCAUUUUCUCAUACAAAGGAAGAACAUCUCUCCACAUAGACAAAUGCAUGUUUGAAGCCUGCUCAUCUGCUGGAUGUGAGCUGCGUACCAUAAGUGAUGGACGUUUGUAAAUGCCCCAGGGUACCGUUUCCACUGAGAUUCAUCGAGUUCCUUCAUUUUCCGGUGUGGUUAUUGACCCUAAGCUCCUAUCCCAACAACUCACAAAUGCAUGGGCACCUCUGGUCCUGCCACAUUUUCUAAACGACCCCUUCUCAGACUCUUUACGAUGUGGGUCCCGCUAUGGAUCUGUGACCAUGGAAGACUGCAAGCAUUUCCUUUUCUUGCAAAUGAUGUCAUGAUGUAACCACAAGCCAGGAGGAGUCCAGAUAACACCAGCAUCAAUGAAAACCAAUACAAACAGAAAUUUAUAAUAUCCCAGCAUGGGGAGGAGCUGGGCUGGACCCAUGAGAGACUAACCAGCCGAAGACUUGUUUGUGACUCUUUGUUUGCUAUUUUUUUGUGUGUUGCUUUUUAUGUGUAACAGUGAUGUUACUGUGAGAACUAAAUACUUUUUUUAGCACUGAGUUUGGAAUUAAACGCUGCAUUUGUAAUUGAACCUUGUAUUAUUAAAUCUUAUUACUGCGAACGCAUGUCUGCAGGAGGUAGACAGGGCACUGCCAAGGAGAGUACCUUGGGCACCCAGUUUGCAGCUUACACAACAUAUCAGUUUUUAUUGGAUGUCCCUUUGUUUUACUCCAGUUCCAUGUUUCUUUUUAUGUUGUCCACAUCCAGUAUUCCUGCAUUGUUCUGACCUAAAUCUAUUUCCUAAUAUUUAAAUGUCUGUCUUGCCAGCUUUUUUUCUUUGCUCAUUACCUCAGUGCAAAGGUUUCAGUGCAAGUGAAUGUAUAGUAAAAUUAGAGACUUUCAGAUGUUAAAGAAAAUCUUUACAGACAGGCUGACAUGUUUUACACUAUUUUUUAGAAACUUAUAAGCUCCACUGUCAAGUUCCUUACAAGUGGGUUAGAAUUCCAUGACUUUCUUGACUGCUCUGUGCUUUGUUUGAUUGGCCAAUAUACUGAAGAUGUGAAUAAACUUGUGUUUGACGCAGA